CGUGUCCGCGUCUGACCGGAAGUGAGGCAGUAAACGCAAUAAGGCGCUAAGCUGUGCUAGACAAGGCAGUGGAGAUGAGGCAUCAUGAGUUUUACAGAAUAGUAAAAAGAUUCAUAAAACUUUAGACCGCUUUAACAAGCCCUCGGACGUUUGGACAACACCCACAAUAAGAGCUCUGCUAAACUAGGUUUGUGUAGUGAUGGCAGCUUCCUUACCUCCAAAGCCAGGGAUGGCUGGGAUGCCUCCUCAGCAGCCCCACCUGCCCCCCAUCUCUGCACCAGCUCAAGGCCAGCAGGCCAUGCCCCCACAGGGAGCCCUGAAGGAGAUCUCCCCAGUUUUCCUCUGUCGGAUUGGACAGGAAACUGUCCAGGACAUCGUUACUCGCACUAUGGAGAUCUUCCAAAUCACACGUGCCACUCAGCUUCCAAAUGGUGUGACUCAAAGCCAAGCCAUGUAUCAGGACCGCUUCGGGAAGCUCCAGGAACACCUUCGGCAGCUCACGUUGCUCUUCCGAAAGCUCCGGCUCCUGUAUGAACGCUGUGUGGAGAUGACCUCUGACCUGCAGGAGGGACCAGCUGAGCUUGUGCCAUAUGUUGGAGAAGAGCUGGUUUCUGUCAGAGCUGACCUAUGCAGUCCUGCUGUCAAUCAAGAGAGAAAAGAGGUUCUGGAGAAAGUCCGCCAGAAGAACCAGGAGAUGAAGAUUCUGAUGGAUCAAAUGAGGAACCUGCUGUGGGACGUCAAUGCCAUGCUGACCCUCAGGAAAUGACCUUUCUUUCUAUUAAAUCCACCUUAUUUUAGAGACAUUCUUCCACAGAUGCACAGGGCUGCAUGAAAGUAAACACUGGGUGAACUAAGUGGAUAUGGGACUCUUUUUUUACUGUGGUGCAUCUCCUUUCUUGGGACAUUUACUAACUGACAAUGACCAGUUACUCACACGUUUACUCAUCAUCUCUUCCACUGAUGUUGAGAAUAGUUUAAUGAGAUAAGAGAAGCAAGGCAGCUGACAACUCUAUUUGUUUUCAUCAAUGUUACUUUAGCAUGUUUAGUCAAAUGUGGGAUGGCUUGUGUUUUUAUACUGUAUAAAUAUCUACUUGAAAGUUGCACGGCCUCAGGUGAACACAAACAGAACUUGUCUGCGUUUAUAAUAGGAGCAGUUGCCCGUUACGCUCUACCAGUUGUAAAAACAUUGUGUUUAGGCGUCAGAUAAGCCCCUUGGCAGCUGUGAAUCUCAGGUGCUUUGUGCGUAACACAGUGUCAGUGUGUGCAUGUUCUAAUGAGAUUAACUUCCUCAGAGCUAGACAGAACAGCUCUUCAGUCUGUGGGGGCUGAGACCUGCUUCUCUGUGAAUUUAUUUUUGUAAACUGUGAGGCUUUGAGCAUAUCUGACCUUUAGUGCAAAGGAGUUAACAUGAUUAUCAUUAGUAUCAGUGUGUUUUAAAUUAUGGACUCCACCUUAGAACAUAGAUGUGGUUUUAUUAGAGAUCUAUGAUGACCUGUAAGCUCAACAUUCUUGGCAAGGCUGCCUUUAUUAUAAGACUCCAAAGUAAAACAUGAAACGUUAUGGAUGAUGUGCUGUGUGUCUGCAGAUCAGCUGUAUUUAAAGUGCACAAACACAGAGAGGGAGUAGUAAUUAAAAUCCCAUUAACCGAGUUGUUCUUGGAGAAAAUAGAAAAUCGAUUAAAACAUAUUUGCUUUUAUGGAAUUUCAGGAUUCUUUAGGUGAACGAAGAGCCUUAAAAUACUAAACAACAUCACAUGAAUUAUAAUCAAAUACUAAAAAUAAAUCACACUUUUAUUUUCUGUUGAA